UUGUCUGAAAUCCAAAGUGGAGUGUUUCCUGAUGGCCCCAUCGCCCUGGACUGUGAGAUGGUGGGAGUCGGUCCAAGACGCCAGAAUGCACUAGGCAGAGUAAGCAUCGUUGAUUACAAUGGUCGCGUUGUUUACGACGUCAUAAGCAAACCCGAAGAGGAAAUCACAGAUUUUCGCACCCGGUGGAGUGGGAUUACUAGGCCCGAUAUGCGCAGGGCCAUUUCCUUCGCAACAGUUAGGGAAGAGGUUCGAGCGAUAAUUGAGGGCCGCAUCCUUGUUGGACACGCGAUUGAAAACGAUUUCAGAGUGCUGCACAUAAGUCAUCCUGCAAUUCUAACGCGAGACACUUCCACUUCCAAAUACACAAAAUUUGAGGCUGGUUUUAGUGAUGUUGAACAAGUUAGCCUCAAACGUCUUGCCAAAGCCCUUCUCAAUUUGGAUAUUCAAACCAAAGCGCACGAUUCAGUAGAGGACGCCCGUGUCACCUUGGCUGUAUACAAGUUAGUUGAGGCGCAAUGGGAAGAGGAGAUUAAGAAUUUGCCCCGCGUUAUAGGAAACAGCGGCGCUGCAUUGUCUGAAAUCCAAAGUGGAGUGUUUCCUGAUGGCCCCAUCGCCCUGGACUGUGAGAUGGUGGGAGUCGGUCCAAGACGCCAGAAUGCACUAGGCAGAGUAAGCAUCGUCGAUUACAAUGGUCGCGUUGUUUACGACGUCAUAAGCAAACCCGAAGAGGAAAUCACCGAUUUCCGCACCCAGUGGAGUGGAAUACGAGAGUCCACAAUGCAUAGGGCUAUUCCCUUCGCACUCGUUAAGGACCAGGUGCGAAUGGUAGUGAAGGACCGCGUCGUCGUUGGACACGCGCUUAAGAAUGAUUUAAAGGUCUUAGGUCUUGAUCAUCCAGCAGACCUGAGGCGUGACACUGGUACCGCCCCCUACGCGAAACGCAAAGCAGGUCUUCCACCCAAAGGACCUAUUGCCCUUCGACGUCUAGCCCACGCUCUUCUCAGCUUGAAGAUUCAAACAGCUGAGCACAGUUCGAUAGAGGACGCCAGUGUAACAAUGGCCAUCUACAAGUUGGUUGAGAAGGAAUGGGAGGAAGACAUUCUGCGCCAAUCAGUCAAAAAUCGGCGCCGACAGCUGUGA